AUGGAUAUUGAGAAUGCAUUUAGUAAGGAGGAACAAGAAAAGUUGAUGAAAACUGUCCAGCAGAUACUUGAUAAGACUUUGGUUUUCUCAGAUUAUUGUCAGAACAUAAGGUAGGUCUAUUUUAGUUUUUUUGUAGUGUGUUUAGAGAUAAAGUGACGUCCAAGGAGAGGGUAAACCGAUCUGCUGGGCUAAAUCAGCUCUCUUUUGUUAUAUUGAACUUGCCCAAGGACUUUCUUGACCAUGAAGAAGGUAAGAGUUAUAUCUAAGGUAUGCAAACAGUUUAUUUUAGCUAUGUAUCUUCUCAAGUUCUUGUCGGCUCGGUUUGAUGAUUGCGGACACUCCGCAGAACUUCUAGUGAGGGUUGUCCAUCAUCUGGUAAGUUGAAAAGCUAUUUUAAGAUCUUUCUUACAGUACUUUACUGUCCAAAGGUUCGAGAAAGCGGAUAUCUUUGAAGUGUUUCACAAUAUUUUUGCCGAGAAUGGAGUUCAAGCCUAUGCUCAGGCAGACCGCGCCUUGUUUUUGGAAAUUAUGGAUCACACUGUUGAUCAUUAUUUUUACGGUAUGUGAUUUUGUUGAUUUCUUUCAUUUAGGAUGAAGAAAGCUUAAUUUCGGCAAAAUUUCAUUGGCUUUUAUCGUUAUUUAUUUCCUUUUCAGUGAUCGAAGAGCUCGGCGUCCAAUACUACAACAUCUUUUCAAAUACCGCAGGAGGUGAGAGAGAUCCCAGAUGUCUUAUGAAAGUGUUCUCCAUCUUCUCUAAAGUGAUGAGACAAAUGGAUGUGGGCCCAUUUAUGGAGGAUAUGUUUGAUCUGAUUGCUUGUUAUUAUCCAAUUGAAUAUCAACCAGUAAGUUCAUUUUUGUUAUUCAAAUUGAUGUUUAGAGAGAAACGGACAAGAAUCCGUUGAGCCCUGAGGCACUCUCCGCUGGUUGUGAGGCUUGUUUGAUUGCAAAUCGAGGAUUUUCUUUGUACACAUAUCAGUUAAUAUUGGAUAAACUAAUGGAGGAUGAUGAAAAUGUUGGUCAUGAGACCAAGUUGAAGAUUUGUAAAUUCUUAGUAAGUUGAUUUAUGCUUGGAACGAUGUUUUGCUUGUUUUAGAUUUCUGUCAUGACCAAAUUUGGACCGGGUUCUCUUCUCGCCCUAACUGAUGAAUUCCUCGCGGCCUUCCGAAUGAUCUCAUUUAAUCCCAGAAGGAAGUCUUUCGAAAAAGAAACGGUGGAUACAGUGGGAAGCACGAUGAAAGCUCUGAUCAACUGUCUAAACCAACUUGACUCCCCAAGAUCCGAAGAGGAAAUUGAAAGGGCCACUCACCAGAUGAUCGAAAGUAAUAUUCUUAUGUACUCAAUCACAUAUAAUUUGAUUUUCUUUAGACAGUGAGCCAUUUGUUCUUCAAGCCGAAAUGGGAUUGGCCGCCAAGGCUCUGAAGACCUUUGAAUUCGUUGUUUUGGCCCAUGAAAUUGCCGCGGAAUUGGCAUUGCCUAAGGUCUUAUAUUGGUUAAGGGCGCUUAUAGCAGGUGUGUAGUUAUUUGAGAGACUUAGUUUUACCGUUACAGGUAUUACAAUCAAAAAUAUCGAAAAUAAAAAGGAAAUCCUCGAGGAAACCUUGCCUUUGACUCCAGAAUGGCUGGAAAUUGGAAUCAAGACAGGAAAAGGUAAGAUGAAACCAGUCUAAAAGGAAAAAAGGAAACUUUACGGCUGCAUUGAAAUUGGGUGCUGGGAAAUUGGGUGCAUUGAAUUCAGAGAAAGGCACACGUGUGGGUAUGCACGGUAGAGAAAAAGGCUUGCUUAUUUUCCAUGCAGCUCUUUUUACUAAUGGGUUAGGACGUCCAGAAAUUUUGGCCGACCGUUUGCCAAAAGGAAGUUGUUCUUCUUGAGGUUUCGUUUUUCGAACACAAAAAAAGAACGCGUUCGAAGAAAGACCAUUCCUUUCGAGACUCUGCACCCGUGGGGGUAUAGCUCAGUGGCAGAGCAUUCGACUGCAGAUCGAGAGGUCCCUGGUUCAAAUCCGGGUGCCCCCUAGUGCUGUUUUUUGUGAUUUUUGCAUUUAUUCUUUAGGAAAUCAUGUCCAAGAAGCUGUCCCAGGAUUGAUUGGUGCUCUGAAGAACAUUGAAGAUGUGGAUUCACAACUUUUACAACAAGUUUUGGCUGAAAUUGGAAGAAUUUUGGUGGGAAAUGAAGAUUUGAGAGCGAAUUUGAAAAAAGAAAUAGAAGAUGUCUUGGAUAAGGUGUUGGCGGUGGAAUAUCAUGAUAGCGAGAAGUUGAGGUGGAGUUAAAUCACGGGGAUUGAAAUAUUGUUCGCUGUUUAGGACGGCAAUAGCAAGUUUCUUGGAGGAAUAUGUGCAACAUGACUUCGAAACAGUCUGGAAUAAGGUUGAAAAAGAUCUCAAGGCAGUCGAUUACUGGUCAGCAAAGGAAUUCUUGUUCUGCGGAGCAUUGGUGAGCUCUGAGGUCGGCCUGGAGCGAUGCUAUCCAUUGUUUUUGGAAAGGAUGACAAAUAAAGGUAAUAUAAGUUUUUACUCUGGGCAUUAUUGUUUUUGUCUUUAGAUAGCGAUGUGAAGCUGUCAAUAAUCGAAUUUGGAGUGAUUUUGGAGAAGAAUAAAGAGCGAGAUCUUGUUGAUGAACGAUUAAUCUCACCGUUUUGCAAAGCGCUGGGACAAUUGUUGGAUCAAUUUAAAGAUGAUCGGCAAAGGUUGGUCGACCUUGGAGAGAGGUUACAGGAUUUAGUGUUGAAAGUAGAUAAAAGGUAAGGAAUUGUUCUUUUAGACAUUUUUGUAGGCUUUGAAGUUUACCAAUAUUAUUUUAGACUUAAACCAAACUUGCUCAACUGGUUCCAGUCUACCAUUUUUGAGGUUCUAAAGUCAUCAGAGUUAUCGGCGAAACAGACGAUUGGAGCAUUAGAAUUCUUGUUACCAGUUGUCCUGCAAACAACUGACGCCAGCACAUUGACCAAUCUUCUCCAAAAUCUAUAUGAAUAUCACAAGAAUCACACGGAUGAAAAUAUUUCAAAUUACCUUCUGGCUGUUCUCUUUGCAGUCCACAACAGAGGCGCUGCUGAUCAUGAAGUUGUGAGAAGCAUUGUGAAUGAUGAUAGUCUUAGCGCAGAAGCGGAAGCGGUAAUUUUAAGAAAUGAGGUCUUGACAAAACGGAUAUUCCCGGUGGAAAAAGUGAGAAAGGUAUGUUUUGUUAAGGCCUUGAAUUGAAUUGUUGAUCUACGAGUGUUUGAGAUCAUCUGUAUAUUACUUUAGAUGCUGAAUGGAGCCGAUCCGAAGCAGCUUUACCAAGUUUUAAACUUUGAUUCGACAUUAACAGAUCCGGUUAAAAAUAAUUUCUCCAAGACUUUUAUAUGGACACAGAGGAUUUUAACUCAGUUUAUUCCGAUAUUUGUGGAGGAAUACAAGGGCUCCGAAGAUAAGGGAAAGAUGAACGCCAUGGCGAAGAUGAUCCCGUCGAUUCUGCAGCUAUCUCAGAGAGUUUCAAUCCCAAUGACACACGAAUUAAUGAUUGUAAGACCUGUUUUUUGGAGAGUGACUAAUGAUUAACACACAUUUACUUUCGUAUUUCAGCUCUUCCCGCUCCUAAUCGCCUCAAUUAAUGAGACCGAAGUGACGUCCUCCGAGUUUUCCCUCCUCAUAAAGUCGAUAGUAAACCUAUUGAAACUCACAAACAAGCAAGAUCUGGCAAUUGAUCGUCUAAGUGAAGUCGCCUACGAGUUUGAGAAAGUCCUGGUUGAUCCCAAUUCCCCUUCUUCAGCUGUUUUCAGCGCCUUGGAAGGCCUUGAAGCCGUGGGAAAAAGAGUUCAGUCAGCCUCGAGGUUCUUCAGAUGGGAUCAGACAAUUAUUUCGAUCAGAAAGGCGACCCAAUCCAAAAAGAGAAUCAUCAGACAAAAAGCGGCCUAUGUCAGCAAUUUGUGGUGAGUGUUUUUUACAUUAUAGAAGGUAGACUAGCACACUUCUGGUCUCAUUUUAAUUUGAAAUUGUUUCAGGGAAGUCAUGCCGGUGUAA